GGUCGGUACUUGAAAAGAGAGCGUGUUUGUGCAUCUGUGUGGUUUUCAUCUCGUCUGUGCGCGCAUUUGUCUGUCACUCGUUCCGUGUGUGUAUGCGACACGACCAAUACUCCACAAACUAGCCCCACCCACCCCAAGGAUGCGAUGCGUGUCGGCCCGUCCCCCCUCCCCCUCCUGCCCCCAUCCAGCCCUUGGACUCCCCUCCCCCCGGUUGUGUUGUGCUGUGUGUCCCUGUCUAUCUACUAUCUACUUGUCCUGCCUGUCUCUGUCUCUGUCCUUUUUCCUCUUCUUUUUCUUCUUCUUCCGCUUCUCUCGCCGCGACUCAGUCUCGUCCUCGCGCGACGAGUCGGUGAAGACGGCCGCGUCCACCGGCUCACUCGGGUGCUGGAGGGGCGGCGGCGGGGCCAUCGACGGGGCAGACCGAUAGGCGGCACCUGACAAACGAAGGAAUGAGUGCAUCCAUCAAUCAAUCAGUCAGUCAGUCAGUCACACAAAUGGACAGUUUUGUUGUUGUGUGCGUGUUGUGUGUGUGUGUGUGUGUGAAUGGGACGACCGACAUGCACUGCAGACACUUUACCUGAGGGGUAGGGACCAUCCUGCUCAAUGAUGUCGUCAGAUGGCUGCUGCUGGAGGGGCAGCGCCGCAAUGCGACCUACAGCCAACACCACACACACACACACAUGACCACCCAUUAUUCCGCGCAUCCAUGUGCUCAUCUUCACUGACUGACUGACCAGCGACUUUCGCGGGUUUCUUCUUGGGUUUGCCCUUGGCUUUGACUUUGGGUUUGGACCCCGGCCGCCCUGCAAAGGCGACGACUUUGGCGCCCUUGAGGCCAAACAGCGUGUCGCUGAGAUCGGAGGCGUCGCUCUUGGCCUCUGCAAAGUCCUGGGCUGAGGUCUCGAGGAUCUCGUCGGCAGCGGCGUUCUUCUGGUGCUCAUUGCGUUGGUACUCUGACACCCACUCCUCCUCGUAUAUGUCACAGCUCUGGUGCUCCAAAUACUGACACACACACACACACACACACACGUGAUAGAUAUCUACCAACCAACAGGUGUGUGUGUGCCUCUUCGGUAGUCACCAUGAGAAUGGCGUCUUCCAUCUCGCGCAUCUCUGACGGCGAGUAAGCACAGUCGCCCCGGAACUUGCGCAUUCGGAUGCGGUGCGUGCCGGGCGUCAGACCUUAUCCACACACACACACACAGACACUUAGACAGCCAUCUGCUGUCCAUUGCUGUCCAUGCGUGUGUGCAUUGCCCACCCACCUGAGUUGAAUGUGUAGUCGUUGACAUUGAGUUGCUGUGUGCGCUUGAGGUCUGCGAGGGGGUCGGUGUUGCUGCCGGGCGGCGGCCUCUGGUAGACAAUCAUCAUCUGCGCCACGUCGCCGCUCUUGUAGAGGUUCUCGCCCCCGUCGUUGGUCUUGUAGGUCUCCAUGUAACACGGCAGGUCCACCAGCAGCCCGCCGUACAUCUGCCGGUCAAAGAUCAAGUCGAACUCUCGCCCCUGCUGCUUGCCCGUCGGCCGCAGGGAGAGGCCGAGCUGCUUGCCGUCCUGGGAGGUCUUGAUGCGCUCGUUGAGCUUGUCGGCCACCUCGGUGGGCAGCCGAAGGAUCACCUGGUGAUCCACGAUGUUGGUCUCGUCGUGCAGCAUGCGCGUGAAGCCCUCCAUCCCCGUCGUCGCGGCGUCGUCGCCACGAAUGUUGCUGUGGCCCUUUAUGUGCUGCCGCUUCUUGCCGUGGUGCGGGUGGGAAGGGCGGGACCCACCGGCACCGCCACCGCCGCCGCCGUGAGCAUCGUCACGCCAGCCUUUCAUGACCUUUCGCCGACGAUGAACGGGUCACAGAGCUGUCAACAGAUAGAUAUUGAUGGAUUUCCCUCUGCAGCUCACGUGCAUUCCUUUCGCGAACUCUCCGCAGCCCCAGUCUUCAGGGA